CACAGUCCACUUGCCUUACCACCAGUUCAGUGCUCUUAUCUCAGCUUCUCUCUUAUCACAGGCCAGUGUGUUAUCAACACAACACUUAUCACCAUGCAGUCCGUCAGUAUUGUUGUUAUUUUGGCUGUGGCAGUAGCUAAUGCGGCCGCCCUCCCCAUUAGCAGUGAUGACUCAUCAUCAUCAGCAUCGUCAUCAAUCAAACAGAAGAGAGGAAUCAUCGCACACCAUGAACCACUUGUUCUAGCUCACGCUCCAGUCGUAGCUCACGCUCCAGUUGUCGCUCACGCUCCGCUAGUAGCUCACGCCCCUGUUGUCGCUCACGCACCGCUCGUUGCCCAUGUCGCCCACGCUCCAGCCGUGUCCUACUCGUCAAGCAGUGUGACCCACAUCAGUCACCCUGUCAAGGUGAAGGCUGUCUACGCCCAUGCCCCAUUGGUGGCCCAUGCUCCGGUCAGUGUGUACCAUGCCCCACUAGUGGCCCAUCCCGUGGCUCAUCCCGUCUACGCUUCGCACUAUGCCCACUCUUACUACCACUAGAGAACGUCGGUUGAGUGGAUUCAGAGGUCAGCUCUCACAGAGCGCGUCUUGUCACUGCUGCUAAAUUUUCUUCAGAUGGAAAACUAUUUUCAUCUCGUUUUCGGCGAGAGGAAAACGCUUUUCUCGCAGGGAAAACUAUUUCGGGAGCAAGAGACGACGGUUGAGGAGUUGCAUCUUGUGAUUUUCCACUUGUUACCCACAAAGAGUACCUCGAAAUUUUCUUCUUCAUGUUUGUUAUUAUUCAUCAAUAAAUUAUUCUUUUUCUAAA